CGACUGUCAUGCACUUUUUUGUGCUGUUUGUUUUGUGAGUCGUUUGGUUAUUGGUUAGUUGAUCUGAAUGAGAGACGCUGUUGGACGCCGUUGAAGCUAUUUGUUGCUGGGUCUCGAUGAAGAUGAAACGAUUGAAAAGUGAAGCGAUCAGCGCAACAGUUGAAUCUUAUUUGAAGCGACGUCAUUAUCAGGAUAACGACGUGUACUGUAAGAGCGAUCAUUCUUAUAGUCAGAGCAGCGAUCAAAUGAUAUUAAAUGCAACUGCAGAAUGCAGUACUUCUCGCGACAAUUCGAUUGUUUUCAGUGCCAUUACCAUUGAUGUUAACACAACAGAUCAGUCUUUUCAACGAUUGAAGAAAUGGAUAAACAUUAUAGUUAAUGAAAAAAUAAAACUAGAAUUGCAAGGACUUCUAUAUCCUUUGUUUUGUCAUCUUUAUUUAGAGAUGCUACAUUCUGGUAAUCGACAGGCUGCAAUUCAGUUUUUGAAGACAUAUCAAAAUGAGUUUAUCAGUGACACAGAAAAAGAUUUCUUAGAAGAAUUAUCCAGUGUAUUUUCAAUACAGGAUAUUGAAUUAAGACCUUUGGUAAAUGCAUUCAGAACCAGAAAAUAUAAGGUUGAUUUGUCUGAGGCAGCUCAGAUUUGUUUACGACAGUAUCUUACUAAAUAUGGACAUGUAAUAAUAAUGGAGAUUCUAAAUAGACAUGUUGCAAUAAUUACAAAAGCAAACAAUUCUCAAAUAGAUGGUGAAGUUUAUGAGGAAAACUGUUAUGAAACUACUAUUAAUGGUCAUGUGGAACAGCCAUCUGGUAUUGGUGUUGAUCGUGAAAUGAGAGAAUUACAGGAAGCUAUACGGUUAAUGCGAAAUAAUACUCAUCAUCCAAUAAAAUUGUUUACUGUAAAGAAUGCUAUAGAAAAUGCAAGUUGUGGUGUUAUUGCACCUAAAAUGGACAAAUUAGCUGUGGGAUUUAGCACAGCUGAAAUACGUUUGUGGGGUAUAGGUGACACAGUUCUAGUCCAACCAAACAAUAAACAAUCGUUUGUACCAUUAUCCUGUAAUAUAUCGCAGUUGUUUAACUGUGAAGAGCAAGAAAACAUAACAAGAAAUGAAGGAGGAGCAAUAAUAUUAAGAGGACAUACGGAUGUUGUACACGAUUUAAGAUUUAUUCCACAGGCAGAGAUUCUUCUUUCUGUAUCAAGUGAUAGAGAUAUGAGAGCAUGGAGACUCAAUGAUUAUUCAUGUGCAGCAGUGUAUAAUGGUCAUAAUUAUCCAAUAUGGUGUAUGGAUACUAGCACAUUCGAUUUAUAUACCGCUACAGGUUCACAUGACAGAACUGCCAAAUUGUGGUCAUUAGAUAGGACAUUUCCUUUGAGAAUAUUCGCCGGUCAUUUUUUAGAUAUAAAUUGCAUUAAGUUUCAUCCAAAUGCUCGAUACUUAGCGACCGGUUCCGCCGACAAAACUGUACGGUUAUGGGCCAAAGAUGAUGGAAAUUUAGUACGAGUAUAUGUUGGAGCGCAGUCGACCAUUUACGCUUUAGCUUUUAGUCCAGAUGGAAAAUAUCUAGCUGCUGCAGGUGAUGAUAAGUCUAUAUCAAUAUGGGAUUUAGCAUCUAAUGCAUUACUAACUGAACUGAAAGGUCACAAAGAUACAGUCAUGAAUAUGGACUGGAGUUUAGAUGGCCAAUAUAUCGCCAGUGCAAGCAUAGAUGGAAUUGUGCGGUUAUGGCCUACGAAAACUUUUAUUGCUUCUUUAAACGGAGGUCAGUCGAGUGCGAUGUCUCAAACAGAAGCACCACAAGUCUAUCAAACAUGUUGCUCAAGUAUUCUUUCAUUGAAUUAUCAUAAAAAAAACAAUUCAUUAAUUUGCAUAGGUACAGCGUAAAAACUCGUUAUUAUUAGUUAUUUGAUAAAUCAUACUUCUAAAUUGAAUUCUUUUUUAAAGUAAACUUUUUUUUACAUCAAACCUGUUUUAUAUAAUAGUAAUUAGUUUUAUAUAAUAGUAAUGAUCUGAGAAGUAAGAUCAUAUCAGUCAGCGUAUUUUUGCAGCGUAUUUAUCCAUAAGUCAAAAUUAUCAUUAUUUUAGUAUAUUAAUGUAUAUAAGAGAAUAAUCUCUCAGUUUAUUUUUAUAUUGUUU